AUGUCCAUAGCCCCAACACCCGACCUAGAGGGCGUACCCUCGGAGAUACUCUGCAAAAUCGCCGCCAGCGGCCCCCUCACCGAAGCAGAACAAGCCUGUCUAGCACUAGUAAGCAAAGCCAUCCGAUCCAAAUUCGGCACCGCGUAUGAAGGUCUAACCGGCCCCUCUCGACUAGAAUUCCUGCAGCUCCUCGAGCCCGACACAGAAUUCCUCUUCUGUCCCUGGUGCCAAGCUCUCCACUACCCCUUACUCUGCCUCCCGCAUGCCACGCGCCGUCGCCCCUGCCAAUUCGCCCAAGACGCCUUCUCGCCCGACCUGCCCGCUAACUAUCACGCUGGCGUGCUAUACGGCCUGGCAAAAUACCAUCGCCAGGGUCGCGAUGCCUCGUUGCUGGAGAAUGUGACGUGUGUACCGGUUCAAUACUUCCAGAACCAUGCUGUGAAUGCGACCCGGUCCUGGCGCUUGACGAUCAAUGAACACGGCGUAUUUGUGCAGAAAAGAGAAGUUUUUCGACUGGGAGAAUCUGACGUCGCGGCCAGGAUAGGGUUGAGCGAGCAGCAGAAACAGUUCGCUGCACCGGUGAUCAGGAUGUGUUGGCACUACGACGCUAUUCUGCAUGUAGACCGGCUCGCCAUGAGCGAUGGGAGGAGUGGUGCAGAGAUAUUUCCCGAUGUGAAUAUGUCAAACCCGUGGGCGACACAGCCGCCUUUUUUGGCGGGUGAGGUGGUGGGUUGCGAGGAUUGUAAUAGGGAUUUUCUGGUGCAGAUAAGUUAUUCUACCAGUUCUCCUAAUGGGGAUGAUGACGAAGAUGGAGGAGGAGCACCGGUAGCGCUCCCGCCCACUAGUCGGUCCCGUAUACGACAGGGGAAUAUCAAGGGCCGGGCUGGUGUACUACUUCAGCGUUACGGUAGGACUGUUACCGGUGGCUCAGCCUCAGCAUCAACGUCCGCGUCAUCGUCUGUGGAUACAGCCGCAGCUGCUGGUGGGGAUUUUAUCACCGCUGGCCUUGCGGCGCGAAGAGCUGGUUUGAAAGCCGGUCGGGGAGAUCUGCUUCGGCGAUCAAGCAUCAAGAAUGCCAUAGCCAUGGCGGCUCUGUCGCGCGAAGGAGACAAGGGUAAGGGCAAAGAGAAGGCUGGUCCUUUUGCCGAAGCUACCGCUACGCAACGGCAAAUCAUUGUCACGCUUACUACUUGGUUCUAUCUCGGACAAGGUGAGUCGCCCACUAACAUAGCGAAGUACAUGGCGUGGUCUCCUUGGGCCCAGCUUCCUGUUCUAGGUUCGGGAAAUGUGGCCCGGCUGUCUCGAUUACAUAUCAACGUUUACAAUAGCAGGUUACCAGGGACAAAGAAGUUAGAACCUGUCUCAAAGUUGGACUUGGACAAACUGGAGCUGGCAUACUCUAACCCAGUGUCAUUCAAGGGAUGUUCGGUUGGUCAAGGUCAUCGAGUCAUUCCCGGAGCUGUGCGUGGGAGGACUGGCAGGUCUUCUAUGUUCAGUCCAGGCCUUGCUACAAAGGGGCUUACCACCGGAAUUGAAGAUGGGCCUGUAAAGUGGGAAUAG